CUCUAACGUUGAACAUGCGGCACCCCUUUGCGCAUUACGCAACCACCCGCUAUCGCGACGCGUAGCCACGUUUCCAAAAGCCGUUUGCUUAGAAAAAUGCUGCGCGAACAGCUUUUCCUCCAGAGCAACCCACGAUGACGGCGUUCGACGACUAUGGCAUGCCCGUCGGCGCAUAUUCCGAGCCGGAAAGCCUUACCCACCAGGCAUGGAGAGUCGCUCGCGCUUUCGCGGUGUAUAGGGUAAAACCUGCGGUUGAGAAGAGGAUAAGAGGCCUAAGGCAAAGAGAAUGGAGUUGGAGAAGGAUAUUGAGCUUGGUGAGAGUGCUGGUGCUGGUUUGGUGGGUGAUGCUGUAUUUGGGGGAGCGGAGGCACUUCACGAAGGCUGUGGACGAAUGUCGGUGGGAGAAGUGGGAGACUUGGGACAGCAACGCGAACCCCCAUCGACUCGUCUUCGUCGCAGAUCCCCAGCUCGUCGACCCGCACACCUACCCUGGCCGGCCGUGGCCUCUAAACACUCUCACCGUCAAAUUCACGGAUCAAUACCUCCGCCGAACCUAUUCCCGCGUCCAGAAAGUGCUUUAUCCCGACAGCGUCGUCUUUCUAGGUGAUCUAUUCGACGGCGGCCGGGAAUGGUCGACGCGUACGACCAAAAGCCCCGAGGAGCAGUACAGGAAAUACGGUGACAAUUUCUGGUUAAACGAGUACAAUCGCUUCGGUGGUAUAUUCUUUGGACACUGGGCAGACGGCGGUCUAGAGCCCAGGCCUGGGCAACCAGGACGCAAAAUAAUAAGUAGCUUGCCUGGGAAUCAUGAUCUAGGUUUUGGAAAGGGCAUACAGGCAAGUGUGCGCAAGAGGUUCAACGCUUACUUUGGAGACGGGAAUAGAGUCGAUAUCCUGGGCAACCACACCUUCGUUUCAAUUGACAGCGUCUCAUUGAGUGCGCUGGGUCAGGACAGUCCCCAGACGGUCGAAGAGCUAUGGCGGCCGACGGUGGACUUUUUGGAGAAUGCGAAGAAGCAGAAGAGGAGGGUUGUGCAAAGAGAAUUGAGGAAACAGAAGGGGUUGCAUCCGUAUCCCGGCUUCGAGCACAAAAUCGUGGAAGGUGGCGAUUUAGCGAACGCGCAAUUGCCGCAUUCGAACGACGACGUCACCGAGUUUCCCACGAUUCUGCUGACACACGUUCCGCUCUAUCGCGCGCCGGGUACACCAUGCGGGCCUCUAAGGGAACAUUGGCCACCUACACCAGUGGGCAAAGGCCAGGAGCCGCUGGAGAAGGAUGACAGGAACGCGAUCGCUGUAAGAGGGGGAUACCAGUACCAGAACGUCCUUAACCGCGAGAUCACGGCGGAUCUUACAGAGAAGAUCGGCGAGAUACGAUAUGCCUUCUCUGGCGACGACCACGAUUACUGCGAAGUAGUGCAUCGGGGAUACGCUUCAGCAGGGGGCGGGAUAAGAGAAGUUACUGUCAAGUCGCUAUCCUGGGCCAUGGGUGUACGCCAUCCGGGGUUCGUGAUGCUGAGCAUGUGGAACCCCGUCGAUGAGUUGGGGAAUCCGAUAUCAGGGGACGCAACUUCCACGCUACAGGCUCAUCUUUGCCUCAUGCCAGACCAACUGGGUAUCUUCAUCCGCUACGCUUCCUUUUUCGGCGUCACCUUCCUCGCACUCGUGAUUCGAGCCGCGCUCGUCACGGCCGGCAAAGUCAAGCCCGCGACUCAGUUCUUCGAGUCUCCUCUCCUACCCACCUCGAACGAACCCCUACCAGCUAUAAAUGCCUCCUCCGCCGAGCAUGAGAAAGCCGAACUCACCUCCCGGCCUCGGGAAGAUAACUAUAAUCCUACGCAUUCCUCUGAUUCCUCAACAUCCUCGGAGCGUGCAAACCUUCAAGUGCGCAAUGCACAAGCUCGCACGCGGAGCGUCUCUCCUAGCAGCUACUGUUUACCAGCUCAGCAGUCUAAAUACACAUACCCGCUGAUACAGCAUGCGGGAUACUAUGGUCCCUCGGAGGAAGAGGAAGAAGAGAGAAGGCAGGCUCAGUCCAGAGACUGGGGCAACGUGAAUACCAAGAAGACGAAGCCGAAAAGGAAAGGCAUGGCAUUAUUUUGGCAGGAGCUGAGGAAUACCAUAGCAGCGGUUGCAGUGCAGGUUUUCGUUUGGUACUUUUGGUUGAUCUGGCGUUGGUAGUAGUUUAGCAUUGGGAAGGGGUAUUGGAGUUGAGCAUACGGCGCCCACAUAGGCCGGCUUGGUCUGCAUUGUAUCAUUAGCGUAGGAGCAAUAUGCAUUAUCCGUG